ACCACUGAAUCCUUCCUUUUGUUCACUCCAAACAACAACAACAAAACAAACAGGUAAGAUCUAGUGUUUUCUGUAGGCCCUUAGGGCUAUGAGGUUAACUAAACUGCAGUUCAAACUGUAAUGAAAAACAUUAUCUGAUUAGCACCUGUGGUUUCCUUCUCAGUUACCCAGAAUGGAAUACUACAAGUUUGCCCUGCUGGUGGUUUUCCUUUCCUACAUUGAGCGCUGCUGGUCUUCCUCCUGCAUUGUGGACAGCUUUACAGUCAAGGACAACUUUGACCCCAAGAGAUAUGCAGGCAAAUGGUACGCUCAGCAGAAGAAAGACCCAGAGGGACUCUUCCUCCAGGACAACAUCUCUGCCGAAUACACCAUUGAUGAUGACGGCACCAUGACUGCCUCUUCCAAGGGCCGCGUAACUCUUUUCGGAUUCUGGGUUGUGUGUGCUGACAUGGCUGCCCAGUACAGUGUUCCUGACCCAACCACUCCUGGCAAGAUGUUCAUGAACUAUCAGGGCUUGGCUAGCUAUCUGUCCAGCGGAGGUGACAACUACUGGGUCAUUGACACCGACUACGACAACUAUGCUAUCACCUACGCUUGCCGCACUCUGAUGGAGGAUGGCACAUGCGAGGAUGGCUAUGCCCUGGUCUUCUCACGCAACCCCCGUGGCCUGCCUCCUGCAAUCCAGCGCCUCGUCCGCCAGAAACAGGACGAGAUCUGCUUGGCUGGUCAGUUCCAGCCCGUCCUGCAGUCUGGGGCUUGCUAAGGUGUUAGAGGAAACUAAGAGCAUGCUGGCAUAAGAAGUGGCAUCCAGGGUCAUUCCAUUUCAGUGCUGUAGAGAUGCACGUGUGCAUCAGGGAGACAUCAGAUUAUUGAACUUCUUGACUCAAGG